ACACUCGGCCAUCAUGUCUCAAUACGGUCAGUUUUCUUUAUACUUAUUCUGUAUUUUCAUUUUGUUAGACGGCUCGUUUUCCUGCUACUGCGAAAACGGCGGAAGUUGCUAUUAUACGAAGGAAAGCCGGUUAAGGAAACGCUGCCAUUGCCACCGUCCCUUUUUCUUUGGGGAUAAUUGCGAGAGAGUGAACAUGUCAGCGACUUUGAAUCGUUUGGUUUCAGGAACGAUAAGCAUAACUUGGCCACUUCCUGUUAGGAUAACAAAACCUUAUACUUUUCAAUACCGUCAAGGCAAGAUAUAAUGAUUUUGCACCUUAAAAAUUAACAAAAAUAUUAAAGAUUAGAGAUUAGAUAAAUUAAAUUAACGAUGAAUAAUCAUGAGAAAUGCUUUUCUCUUCCCUUCUCAAAAUAUGAUGUGCAUAAUCGUAAUUCUAUUUGAUGGGAGAAUUGGCAAGGAAUUUGGCGAAGCCUUACUUGUUUGUUGUAUAUCGGCUUAUUCAUCUUAUUCAUCAUUAACUUCAAGAGUUCAACUUCCAGAUGAGUGUGCUGAACUAAGAGAGACUUCUAAGGAUAAACUAUUAUGGGUGAAUACAAUUGCAGCUUACGGACUUGCGCUAUGUUUAGUUUUAAUUGUUGUCGGAGUUGUAUUUACUCAGAAAACAAAAUUGGCUAUGAUUUACUCACCUGAACAGGGAAAAACUUGGGAAAGAGAGAAGUCAAACUCCAAGUUAAGUUUAGUACAAACUGCUGCAGUAUAG